UGAGAAGUGAGAACAACCGCCACUGUUUCUCCUUCUCUGUUCUUCUUCUUCUUCAAUCGGUCAUUCUGUGUCUCGUCGCUCUUGCGUUAGCUACACUACUGAUAAGGAAUGGUGCAUCGUGAAGACAAUGUAUUGUUGCUGACGGAGAUCGCCUGCAACUGAGAUAGACAUCCAGCCAGCUCCGGUGCCUUCGCCGUUCGUCUCUGCCUCUGCUUUAAGCACAACGGAUGUGCUCUAUCCUUCGCUCUCGUCUGCAUCCAUGCUGGAUAAAUCACUUAUUCAAUUGGUUGUAAGAACAAAUUUCGUGUCUUUAGUUGGCCCUUUUUGUUCCCUUAGCUGGAUUCGUAUGAUAUCAUCUCGUUGAAUCCAAAAUAGAAAUGGCUCUGGGUGGACAAAACGCUGUCGCAUAUCAACUAUUUGAUGAAAUGCUCCUCUGAGUUACGCCCGCUUCAGUCAUACCGCACCUUAGUCUUGCCGUUCUUUCGUGUCCUCCAGCAGGUGAAAGAUCUUCUGUUAAGAACCCAAAUGGCAUUAAUGUCUUUGAGAAGAAUCGCCAACUUCACGCCAGCGGUGAAUUUUCAUUCUCUUUCAAGAAUGCUUUGUUUUUCUUCUAGUUCGCGGACAUUUUUUGACAAUGAAAAUGGAGGUGGAGCAACACAAUCACCAUUGAUCAAUAAUGAGGGAAUUGGAAUUGCCAGCAGUGGGGCUCAUCUUUCGACUUUGUUUUCGCGAGGUACAGCUCAUCUGCAGGGUUGCAGAAUUGAACUUGUAGAUGACGAGGCGUGGCAGCUUUCAUCAGGUUUAGCUGAGGCAUGGAGAGGAAGAAAUAGGGCACCUGAAGGAACUGGUCUGGUUACUGAAGCUGUUGAUGAGGAGAUGGUUACUUCCAGCUUGCCUAGCGAGGAUGAUCCAAACUUUGAUGAGAUUGAUGAUAUGAGAAUCAGAGGAAGCCUUUUCUAUAAGAUUGAUAGAGAUUCCAAAGAAUUUGAGGAAUACAGUUUUGACUUCCAUGGCAAAAAACAGACAAAGAACAAGCAAAACAGGAAAGAAAGAGAGAACUCAAAAGGUAAGUUGGCAUCUGAGGCUGAAAAAUCCUCUAAGAACAAAGAAGAGCAAAAGGAAACCAGAAAGAGGGAAAAUGCAAGUUAUGAUUCCGUUACUGAAGGUAAGGGCUUGCCCAAACUUCUUAAGAAUGACGUUCUUAAUUCUUCACUACAUGAAAUGGACAGUUCUUGUGGUGGGAAAAGGGAAAGGGCUCUCACCUUCAAUCAACUUACGGCUCCUUACCAUGAACCAUUUUGCUUAGACAUUUACCUAACGAAGGGAUCUGUUCGUGCCUGCAUCAUUCACCGGGCGACUAGCAAGGUUGUUGCUGUGGCUCAUUCAAUAUCCAAGGACAUGAAGUUUGACCUGUCAUCAGUGAGGAACGCAACUGCUUGUGCUGCAGUGGGACAUGUUUUAGCCCAGAGAGCAUUGGCUGAUGACAUCCAUAAUGUGGUUUACACACCAAGGAAAGGGGAAAAAUUGGAAGGGAAGCUUCAGAUAGUACUUCAAUCCAUCAUUGAUAAUGGUGUUAAUGUGAAGGUUAAGAUCAAGCAAAGAAAAGUAAAGAAAGGUACUCGUUCACCUCUGCCUUAGCCCUUAGGGUCAGUGUCCUACUUCUCAGCUUGAUCCGGUUCAAAAACCUGCCACAGUUUCAUAUUUCAUUUGAAAGUUGUGGUUCUCAUUGUGUUAUUGGAAUCGUUAGUGUGGACAACUUUGUUUAAAAGUAGGAGAGAAGAAAACAACUAGGAAUUGCCCAAUUUCAGUCUGAAGUUCUGCUAGGAAGUGACCUGCCAAGAAGUAAGAACAAAAGGGACUCUAGAAAGGAAGAGGGCAUACUAAUAAUGUCAUAACAAGAUGAAUUUUUCAUGGUCACAAAUCCAUUUACUGGCUGGGUUACCUACUACUAGAGUUGGCAAAUGGCUGGGUGGCCCAUGGGCCCGGGCGGCUGGCCCACCUCCCAGCCCAAUCCGGCCCGGUACUGUAGCAACAGGCUGUGUAGGCUAGUGCUUUGUGGCCCACAGCCCAACCCACCAAAAAUGGGCUGGCCCACCAAAAUAGUCUACUAAAAUAGAGGUGGUUCAUCAAAAUGGCCCGGCCCGCCCUGGCUUGUUUAUUAAGGGCCAUAGGGCCGUGCCGGGCCUCCAUUUUCCAUUGCCUAGCCCAGCCCGCCUCCCUGCAGGUCAAAUUCGGUCCAGCCCACAAAAUGGGUGGGCCAAGCGAAAGGUGGGCCUGGCUGGCCCGGUCCUGCCCAUUUUUCAUCUCUACCUACUACCUAGUUAUGUCUGUUUAGUUAAUUAGAUGCUAUAUUAAAGGGGACUUUUUUUUUUUUCCUGGUUCCAUAAACUAAAGGUUUGUAGGAUCAGGGAUAUGGGAAAUGUUUAUAUCCGAAAAUAUUAUUUAGAUGUGAAAUUUUAACAUUUAGUCAUUAAAUUUUAAUUUUUGUAAAUAUUUGAUUUUUUUAAACAUUUUUUAAAUCAAAUCCUAUUAAUAAGGGGACAUAUAUUCACUAAAAAGGUGAGUACUUUCAAUGGUUAAAAACUCCUCAAACAAAGGGAUUGCAUAAUCGUUUAUCAUAUUAGCCCUAAAGGGCCAACCCUGGGCCGUUGAUUUACCUAUAGGCCUGCUUGGUGGGCCUUGUUGGGCCUUACACUGAGUGUGGUUUAACAGCAUAUUUUUGUAGUUGAGAGGUUUUUUUUUUUUCUUUUUUUUUUUUGGCUUCAAUCAUUUGUCAUUUUGCAUCAAUAGUUGAGAAGAUGUUAUUGGGACUGAACUGAAGCCAGUCCCAACGUUCAGCAAAUCCAAGCAUAUCUGACACAGAAUUUACUGUCUACAGUCGAAAAGGGCUACGGAUAAUUUGUCUUCCUUUAAGCAACUGUUUAGACGAACCUAGUUUCAUGUUGAAGCUGUUUUUCUUUCUAUUUCUUUUUCUUUUAAAAUUUACAGUCACUAUUUUUCUUUCUUAGAUAAAUUUGUGAAUACAUAUAAUAACUUACAUAUCUCAUGUAUCAAGUAGGGAUGCAAUUGAGUCGAAUUGAGCUGAACUUUAUUGAGCUCCGACUCAAUUCAUAAAGACAAAAAAAUACUAAGCUCGAACUUGAAUAGAGUUUGAAAAUCUGUUCAAGCCCGAGCUUGAUUUAUAAUAGUCAAAUUUGAGCUUGGCUAGCAAGUAGCUUGUUUAACUUCUGGUGAGUUGAGUUUGAGUUCGAGCUCAAGCUCAAGACAAGAUUUUGGAAAUUGCAAGAGAAGUAAGAGAAUAACAAGAGAAAGGGAGAACAAUGACAAUGCUAACAGUGGCGAAUGGUAGAGGAGGCGGUAGCAGAGACAGUGCUGGAGGUGAGGAAGGCAAUGGCAAAUGGCAGAGGCUACGAAGGCUACGGAGAAGGAUGGCAGUGUCAACAGAGGUAGUGGAGACAAAGGCGAUCGGCAAUGUCGACGGCAAGGGGACAAACAACGGUGAAGGUAAAGAAGACAGUUGAGAUUUAAGAAAAAUGGAGAAUGAAGGAAGAGAAUGGGGAUUAAACCCCAAUCUUGUGUAGAGACUAUUUCAUCUUUAUUUCUUUUUCUAUUAAAAAAAUAAAUUUAAAAUUUAAUAUA